AUGGAGCAGCAAUGGACGAAACAACGGAAAAAAAAGCCGAAGGAAUUUGUCGAUUUGCCGGUAGAUGUCAUUCAAAACAUUAUUAUGAAAGUGGAUCCGCACGAUAGAUUUUCCGUCCGAAAAGUCAAUCGAAAUCUUCGCCAACUCAUUGAUGAAAUGAACCCUGGAUUUAGAACUAUUUCAGUUGACAUUUCUACGAGAAACUAAGUUUUUGUUCGUAUAUCAAUGGACGUUGUGGUUGUGGAACCAGUGUUGUUCACUACAAGCAAAUGGGCAACGAUUGUGUUAUUUUGUAUGAAGAUGAUCAGAGUCAUGAGCCUUCCCAAAGCACAACUUCAUUGCUUAUCGAUUACCAUUCCAACAAAGGAUCAUAUGAAAAAGGGUCGAUGCGAGGAAAGAGUAUUGAGCCGUGUUCAGGACAUGGUAGAUAUGCUCAGCUCAUCCAAAUUUCCGAAUGUCAAAAUCAUUCAUUUCUUUAAAAUUUCGUCUUCUCAAAUAGCUCAAAUUAUUCCGAGCUUCAAGGCUGGAAAUCUGGAAGAGCUACAUCUCAACACAUCUGAUAAACCGACAGCUCAAGAUGUUGAAAAAAUCUGCAAUUCAGAUCAGUGGAAACAUGCAAAAGAGUUUGACGGAAAUUGUGAUUUUACGGAUGUUCCUAUCAAACAUCUCAGUCACUUCUCUCGUGUUCGUGCCCCUUAUGAAAAAAUUUCCGUGGAUACCGCUGUUGAAAUUAGAAAUGUUUUGCUGUCGUCUGGUAACAUCGAGCGUGCAAUGUUCUUAUCGAAAAGUGACUUCGGCGUCGAUGUUGUUCGCGUUUUUGAUCCGGAAGCAGCCUAUGUGAACAAAAAUACGAUUUUCCAUGAUGGUGCUGGCGUUUUCAUUCAAGUCCCUGCCGAUGUGGACCGAAAUACGGAUUACAAUGGUUUUCUAUUUUCGAACGACAAAGAUACUAUCAAAUUCGAGAAGAAAAUUUAA